UCCUUAAAAAUGGUAAAAUUCAUACCGGAACGGAAUGACUCACCAGCCGGAUCGAGGUGAUCCAUGUUGACCGACUGGCCAUCACUACUUCCUUUUCCGACAUCUUGAACUACGUGAAGCACGCGUUUUUCGGGUGUACGAGUAUUUUGUUCCUCGGAGAAAGAUGAAAUUCAACAAAAAUGUUUCGUCGUCCCGGCGCAAGAGCCGCAAGCGCCACUUCCAGGCCCCCUCGCACAUCCGCAGGAAGAUUAUGUCGGCGCCGCUGUCGAAGGAGCUGAAACAGAAGUACAACGUGCGCUCGAUGCCGAUCCGCAAGGACGACGAGGUGCAGGUGGUGCGCGGCCACUACAAGGGCAACCAGGUCGGCAAGGUGGUGCAGGUGUACCGCAAGAAGUACGUCGUGUACAUUGAGCGCAUCCAGCGCGAGAAGGCGAACGGCACGAACGUGUACGUCGGUGUGCACCCGUCCAAGUGUGUGAUCGUGAAGCUGAAGAUGGACAAGGAUCGCAAGAAGAUCCUGGAUCGCCGCGCCAAGGGUCGUCUGGCGGCGCUCAACAAGGACAAGGGCAAGUACACCGAGGAAUCUGCUGCCGCCACCGCGAUGGAAACGACCUCUUAAGUGUACACAAUACAAAACAUUCGCUGGUGUGGGGCAGGAGGAACGUGUGUUGUGCGGCCGUGAACGGCAGGCGAAUAAAAUAAGGAUGAGAUGGAGAGAAAGUUAAAAA